AUGUUCAAAUUUAUUGCUGUAUUCGCUUUGGUUGCUGUAGCUUCAGCUGCUCCUGGUUUUGUUGCUGAAUCGCAUCACUCCUUUGUACAACCUGCUAUUUACACUAAAACUGCUGUUGUUGACACAAGUGCUUCAUCGGCCAUUACCCAUCAAAGUUUCACCAAUUUGGAGAAAAAAGUACCAGUUGUUCACACCUAUGCUGCUGCACCUGUUGUAAAAACUGUUCACACUUAUGAGUCUGCUCCUGUAUUGAAGACUGUUUCUUAUGACUCGGCUCCAGUUGUCAAAACUGUUUCCUAUUCCGCUCCUAUUAUCAAAACUGUAGCUGCCGCUCCUGUAGUCCAUACUUAUGCCGCUGCUCCAGUUGUGAAAUCAGUUUCCUAUGCCGCUCCUGUUGUCAAAACUGUUGCUACCCCAGUAGUUCAUACUUAUGCUGCAGCUCCUGUGUUGAAAUCUUUUGUUUCCUCACCCGUUACUUAUGCCAAAUUGCAUCAUUAAAUUGUUUAAUGAUUCCUCUUAGAAAAUGU